AUGUCUGACAACCAGUUCACCCUCUUCACCAACGGCAGCUACUGCCUGGGUGGUGAGAUCGUCGACGAUCACCUCGUCAUCUCCGAAGAGACCGGCCGCAUCCUCAAGCGCACCGGCUACAUCGGCGGAGAGAUCGUGGAUCUGGAGGGUAACAUUGUCGCCCCUGGCUUUCUCGAGCUGCACACAAACGGCGUUAACGGCUUUCAUUUCACUCACUUUGAUGACGAGCGCCAAUACGAUCAAAAGCUGAAAGAGACAGCCGAGCACUAUGUCUCGCAGGGCGUAACCGGUUUUUGGGCUACAAUUCCCACUGUGUCUCCUGAUACUUUCCAGAAGAUCCUCCCAUCUCUUCAGCCCCGAUAUCUCUCUCCCAGUAGUGCCUAUCUUCAUGGCGCUCAUGCUGAGGGACCCUACCUCCAUCCUUCCAAAGCCGGUGCACACAACGCAUCCCUCUUCCACACCCCCUCAACGACGCCCUCCCCAACCACCAUCUAUGGCGCCACUGGCCUCCGAUCCGUCAAGCUCGCCACGCUCGCACCCGAGCUCCCCUCAAGCACCAGCCUCAUCAACACUCUCACCACCAACCACUCAAUCCGCGUCUCCCUCGGCCACACGACCGCCACCUACGCCGAUGGUCUCGCCGCCCUCGGUGCCGGCGCCACCUGCCUGACGCACACCCUCAACGCCAUGACACCGCUGCACUCCCGCCAACCCGGUCUCGCCGGCCUGAUCUCCCUCCCACCACCGCCCACGAAGAACGGCGGCGCUGCCCAACCUCAGCCCCAGCCCCCCUACUACACCCUCAUCGCCGACGGCCACCACCUCCACCCCUCCACCGUCUCCCUCCUCUACCGCGCAAACCCCUCCCGCGCCAUCCUCGUCUCCGACAGCAUCGAGCUCGCCUCGCCCGCCAUCCCCGCCGGCACCUACCCGGGCCACGCCCAGAUCUCGUCCGCCCAGCGCAAAGUCACGCACGACCCGGUCACGGGCGAGCCGUAUCCCUCGCCCAAAGCCGUCAUCGCCGCGAACGGCUCCACUACUGCCGCUAUUGAUGACGACGCGAGCAACGAAACCCUCAUCGGCGGCUGCGGCACCCUCGCCGAGGCCGUCCGCAACCUCGUCGCGUGGACCGGGUGCACGCUGCCGGAGGCGGUGCGCACCGUGACGGAGAACGUGGCCGGGCUGAUGGGCGUGGAUACGCCCGACUCGUUGGAGGGAGGCGGGGUGGGCGUGUUGAAGGAAGGGAAUAGGGCCGACCUGGUUGUGCUGAGCGAGGAGGGCGAGGUGCUGCAGACGUGGAUGUCCGGACGGAUGGUUUGGGAGAGGGAGGGCGGGUUGUGA